CUCGUGAGUGUGAUUUUGGAGUGAAGUUGAAGUGUUACAAAAUUUGUAAUAGUGAUUUCGAAAAAUAUUGUGAAAUAUGAGUAACAGAGGACAAUUACCGGAUUCAUCCUCGUCACCGCCCAUGAACUUACAAUUCGGGGGCUACAGUGCGGGAGAACUGUCCGAGGAGGAAGUAUCGGAUCUCCCGAGCUGUGCGUUUGCCACCAGGUCCAAUUCCGCCAACUCAUCUUCCAAUCUCCAACACCAUUACCUCUCCACACUCCAUCACAAUCACAACCACAGCCAUAACCCUGACAGUGGCCAGUGUGGAGGAAAUGGUUUGGGCAGUAGCGGAGAUUAUUACGGCUCUUCGCCGUACAGAGUGCAAAGACAUGCAGCCAACAUCAGGGAACGGAAACGGAUGCUGAGGUCUGCUAUUGGACCCACCGGCAGUAUAAACGCAGCGUUCGACGAAUUGCGGAUGCACGUGCCCACAUUUCCGUACGAAAAAAGACUGAGUAAGAUCGAUACUCUUCGACUCGCCAUCGCCUAUAUUGCUCUACUGAGAGAAGUGCUGACUGCUGAUUGUGAUCCUUUGACAUACGUUGAACGAUGUUUGAGAGGAGAAAUCAAAGCUGAUCGAGCCAACUGGAACACAAGUGAUUUAACUGCAAGAUUAUCUUGGAUAAAUUGGGAGAACUUGGGAGUAACACCAGGAAGACGAAGUACUUUAACAUCUCUAGCUUUAUCAUCUGACAACUUAAAUUGAACAUUGAACACUUAUUAUGUAAAUAAUGUAA